CGCAGUCAUCCUCUCACAGCAAAAACCGCCCUUCCCGGUGCCCGCCCAGCGGCCCGCGCCCAUAGAGAGAGCAGACACCAACGACGGCUUGGUCCGCCACCGAAUCACCAACCCCCGCUCGCUGUCCCUUGGAGGCUUGGACCGAGCCAGAGCCGAGGCCCGACUGCCGAGCAGGUGAACCGACGGCGCCUCUCGCCAUGGCGACGACGCGGCCGGCGCGCAGCGACCCGCACCUUCCGCCGGAGGAGGCGGCGCGUGUGGAGGCCGAGGUGCGGGACUACUUCGACAGCGUCGCGCCUAGGCGCCCGGCCAAGCCGCCGCGCAGCGACCCGUCGGAGGACGCCGGCACGGAGGCCGGCGCCGGGGCCCACGACCUGCCGGAGCUACGCAAGCUGCGCGACCUCGAGGCGAAGCCCCAGAAGCUGGUGCUGGACGGAGCAGGGGAUGUGGACGGCGGGGAGGAGUACGUGGAGACGCGGUACUACGAUGGGCUCAUAGGCAUCGACAAGCAGCAUCACACGACCGGUACAGGGUUUAUCAAAGUGGAGAGACCCAAUGGCAGCGCCUUUAGCGUGCCUACCAAUGGCUGCUCGUCUGCCAGCUUUGUCCGAUGCACGAGCAAUCCUGCGACAAAUGAUUGGAUACCAUCUGCUGAGACCGUCAUCCCAGCUUCGAACAAGCCUAGCAGGAGUGACUCCUGACCGGGCUUCCUUGCCUUCAGAAGUGCUGUGGAUUGUUUGCAAAUCAUUUCGGGGUAAUAAGGAGCACCCGCAGCUGUGUGAUUUCAACUGAAGACGAGCAGAGGUCGCGAGGGACUGAACGACACAGCGAGCGCAGGUGCACAGGUUUGAGAGAUCUGUGGCUACUAAAACCAAGAAUGUGUACGGCUGCUUCAGCAGUUGUAACUUGUUGCUGCACACUACUGUUGAGAGAAUGCACUCCAGAGUCUGUAUGAAUGCGUAUGUGAGUGGUUUGAUCACCAGGUGUGCCGGUCCUGAACUCCUGGUUUAAGAAUCUUUGUG